UGCGCGCGCCGGCGAAGUGUCCGCGUUUGAGGGGAGUGACGCGUGCGCGUUCACGUGGCGCCCGGGAGAGCGUGCUGCAAUCGUUCCUGAGGAGGAAGAGGAAGGCAACCCUGGAGUGGUUUCUCUACAGUAUUCCAACAGAAGAGUGAGAGAUGGAACCUGAAGAAGAAAGGAUUCGCUACAGCCAGAGACUGCGCGGUACCAUGCGACGACGCUAUGAAGACGAUGGCAUUUCGGAUGAUGAAAUUGAAGGGAAAAGAACUUUUGAUCUGGAAGAAAAACUCCACACCAACAAAUAUAAUGCAAAUUUUGUUACUUUUAUGGAGGGAAAAGAUUUUAAUGUAGAGUAUAUCCAGCGAGGUGGCUUAAGAGACCCUCUGAUUUUUAAGAAUUCCGAAGGACUUGGAAUAAAGAUGCCAGACCCGGACUUCACUGUGAAUGAUGUCAAGAUGUGUGUGGGGAGUCGUCGCAUGGUGGAUGUCAUGGAUGUGAACACCCAGAAAGGCAUCGAAAUGACCAUGGCUCAGUGGACUCGCUACUAUGAGACCCCAGAGGAGGAACGAGAAAAGCUCUAUAAUGUUAUCAGCCUGGAGUUUAGCCACACCAGGCUGGAGAACAUGGUGCAGAGGCCUUCUACGGUGGAUUUCAUUGACUGGGUUGACAAUAUGUGGCCAAGGCAUUUAAAAGAAAGUCAGACUGAAUCAACCAAUGCCAUCUUGGAGAUGCAGUACCCCAAAGUGCAGAAGUACUGUCUAAUGAGUGUCCGAGGCUGCUAUACUGACUUCCAUGUGGACUUUGGUGGUACCUCUGUUUGGUAUCAUAUCCAUCAAGGGGGAAAGGUCUUCUGGCUCAUCCCCCCUACAGCCCACAACCUGGAGCUGUACGAGAAUUGGCUGCUGUCAGGGAAACAGGGAGACAUCUUUCUGGGUGACCGGGUGUCAGAUUGCCAGCGCAUUGAGCUCAAGCAGGGCUAUACCUUCGUCAUUCCCUCAGGCUGGAUCCACGCUGUGUACACUCCUACAGACACAUUAGUGUUUGGAGGCAACUUCCUGCAUAGCUUCAAUAUUCCCAUGCAGUUAAGAAUAUACAACAUUGAAGAUCGGACACGGGUUCCAAAUAAGUUCCGCUACCCCUUCUAUUAUGAGAUGUGUUGGUACGUCUUGGAGCGCUAUGUGUACUGCAUAACCAACCGCUCCCACCUAACCAAGGAGUUUCAGAAAGAGUCCCUCAGCAUGGAUUUGGAGUUAAAUGGGUUGGAGUCUGGAAAUGGGGAUGAGGAGGCCGUGGACCGAGAACCCCGGCGCUUGGGCAGUAAGCGUUCCGUCCUCACCAGCCCUAUCGCCAACGGAGUCAGCCUGGAUUAUGAUGGACUGGGCAAAACUUGCCGAAGUCUUCCAAGCCUGAAGAAAACCUUGUCUGGGGACUCAUCCUCUGACUCUAGCCGGGGCUCCCACAAUGGCCAGGUGUGGGAGCCACAUUGUACCCCCCGAAAGGACAGGCAGGUGCAUCUGACCCAUUUUGAGCUUGAAGGCCUUCGCUGCCUUGUAGAUAAGUUGGAGUCUCUGCCACUGCACAAGAAAUGUGUCCCCACAGGGAUAGAAGAUGAAGACGCCCUCAUUGCUGAUGUGAAGAUUUUGCUGGAGGAGCUUGCCAGCAGCGACCCCAAGUUAGCCCUCACUGGAGUCCCGAUAGUACAGUGGCCAAAAAGGGAUAAGCUUAAAUUCCCUUCCCGGCCAAAGGUGCGGGUUCCUACCAUCCCCAUCACCAAGCCUCACACUAUGAAACCAGCGCCGCGGUUAACGCCCGUGAGGCCUGCAGCAGCCUCCCCCAUUGUGUCGGGGGCCCGGCGGAGACGAGUGCGCUGUCGGAAAUGCAAGGCCUGUGUGCAGGGGGAGUGCGGCGUGUGCCACUACUGCAGGGACAUGAAGAAGUUUGGGGGCCCCGGCCGCAUGAAGCAGUCCUGUGUCCUCCGGCAGUGCUUAGCACCCAGGCUGCCCCACUCCGUCACUUGCUCCCUUUGUGGAGAGGUGGAUCAGAAUGAGGAGACACAGGACUUUGAGAAGAAACUCAUGGAGUGCUGUAUCUGUAAUGAGAUUGUUCAUCCUGGCUGCCUCCAGAUGGACGGAGAGGGCUUGCUUAAUGAGGAGUUGCCAAAUUGCUGGGAGUGUCCCAAGUGCUACCAGGAGGACAGCUCAGAGAAAGCCCAGAAGCGGAAGAUGGAAGAGAGCGACGAAGAAGCCGUGCAAGCCAAAGUCCUGCGGCCCCUGCGGAGCUGCGACGAGCCCCUCACGCCCCCGCCUCACUCGCCCACCUCCAUGCUGCAGCUCAUCCACGACCCGGUUUCCCCUCGGGGUAUGGUGACUCGGUCCUCCCCUGGGGCUGGCCCCAGCGACCACCACAGUGCCAGCCGCGAUGAGCGCUUCAAACGGCGGCAGUUGCUGCGGCUACAGGCCACAGAGCGCACCAUGGUACGGGAAAAGGAGAACAACCCCAGCGGCAAAAAGGAGCUGUCUGAAGUUGAAAAAGCCAAGAUCCGGGGAUCGUACCUCACGGUCACGCUGCAGAGGCCCACCAAAGAGCUCCACGGGACCUCCAUUGUGCCCAAGCUGCAGGCCAUCACGGCCUCCUCUGCCAACCUCCGCCAUUCCCCCCGUGUGCUGGUGCAGCACUGCCCGGCCCGAGCCCCACAGCGUGGGGAAGAGGAGGGGCUGGGGGGAGAGGAGGAGGACGAGGAGGAGGAGGAGGAAGAUGACAGUGCAGAGGAGGGGGGUGCGGCCAGGCUGAAUGGCCGGGGCAGUUGGGCUCAGGAUGGAGACGAAAGCUGGAUGCAGCGGGAGGUCUGGAUGUCUGUCUUCCGCUACCUCAGCCGCAGAGAACUUUGUGAAUGUAUGCGCGUGUGCAAGACGUGGUAUAAAUGGUGCUGUGACAAGAGACUUUGGACAAAAAUCGACUUAAGUAGGUGUAAGGCUAUUGUCCCCCAGGCGCUCAGCGGCAUCAUCAAGAGGCAGCCCGUCAGCCUCGACCUCAGCUGGACCAAUAUCUCCAAAAAGCAACUGACAUGGCUGGUCAACAGGCUCCCAGGACUGAAGGACCUCCUCCUCGCAGGCUGCUCCUGGUCUGCAGUCUCUGCCCUCAGCACCUCCAGCUGCCCCCUUCUCAGGACCCUUGAUCUUCGGUGGGCGGUAGGAAUCAAGGACCCUCAAAUUCGGGACUUGCUGACACCACCGGCUGAUAAACCAGGUCAGGACAAUCGCAGCAAGCUCCGGAACAUGACUGACUUCCGGCUGGCCGGCCUCGACAUCACAGAUGCCACACUUCGCCUCAUCAUUCGCCACAUGCCCCUCCUGUCGCGACUCGACCUCAGUCACUGCAGCCACCUUACAGACCAGUCCUCCAACCUCCUCACCGCUGUCGGGUCUUCCACGCGCUACUCCCUCACGGAGCUCAACAUGGCAGGUUGCAAUAAAUUGACAGACCAGACCCUGAUCUACCUGCGACGCAUCGCCAACGUCACCUUGAUUGACCUUCGAGGAUGCAAGCAGAUCACACGGAAAGCCUGCGAGCACUUCAUCUCAGACUUGUCCAUCAACAGUCUCUACUGCCUGUCUGAUGAGAAGCUGAUACAGAAGAUCAGCUAAGGCACCCGAGACCCAGCAGGAGGGCGAUCAUCCCAGCUCCCGGCCAGGAGAGCUGUUCUCCCCGACAGCUGCGCGGGCUGAGGCCAGCACCACACUCCCUCUCCGCUCUCCUGUCCCCUGAGCCCUCCCCUGCAGCCGGGGCAGAGGGUGGUGGACGCGAGGUUGCCCAUUCCUCCCCGCCUGGGGAGAAGGGAGCAGCAGAUUGUUCCGAAGGGAAAGGCUGUGUGCUCUCGGUGCCUGCUCGUGUGCCCCACCGCCCGCCAGGAGGCCAGGCUCUCAGCUUGGGGUGUCUGCAGCCGUCAUCUGUGCUGGGCCACGGGGCCCUCCUCCCCGGCCAAGGUCCCCAGCAGUGCCUGGUUCCGAGCAAACUCCCAGGGAAGAAAGUGGCCCAGUCCCUGUGGCCAGGUUCUCCUUGUGUCCAGUGCGUGUCUCCUCCGUCACACUCCCGGCUCGCAGGAGGGGCCGGCAGCCCCAGAAACGCCAGACCCAUCCAGAUCACACUGGUGCUGUUGAGGUGUCUCAGGCCUCUUCCACGUCUGUGCUCUCCCUCCUCCCCCGUACUUGGUCCUGUCCGUGCUUGUGAUGGCCCCGUGUUCCCAGGAUGAGGUCCCCGCCCGCAGGCGCCUGCUAGUCUCUGAGGUCCUUGUUGCACUUAAUGGGGUUGAGGCUCUGCAGAGGAGCUGGAACUGUCUGGCCCAAAGACACCCCCUGUAUUGCUUCCUAGUCAGAUUCCGAGACACCCCUCCUCCUGCCGAGCAGGGCUUGUCCAGGAUGCGUGUCCUCAGAGGGAGUGCCUGUCUUCCCCUGUGGGGGGACGGACAGCUGGGCCACAUCCCAGCUGGCUCCAGGCCUCUGCUCUGCGGUGGCCCCUCAGCCUGGGGCCAUGUGGAGCCCCCAGCAGCUCUGGUCUGGCACCUUUCAUAGGAUGGGGAGGGAGGUCCUGCUCAGAAGCCAGUCUCCUGCCCUCUGCCUGCAGCCGUGGAAGGGGGUGUGCAUGUGCCUCGUGUGUGUGGCUGAGUGUGUUAGGCGUAGGGGGGCAUCCCGUCUCCUGCUCCACCGCCGUGUCAAGCCCCAUCAGCUGCCCCCUUUCACUUGCAUUGAACGGCCUGUCCAAAGAUCCUCUCUCUAGGGCAGCAGAGAGCUUUUUGCACUUUAAAAAAAAAAAAAGGUCGGAGUUUCUUUUGGGUCAAUAUUUAAGCGUGUGAGGAGAUGCUCGUAGCAGCACCUGCAGCCAGAGCUGAGAAGUGAUAGACGCGGAUUUGCACUCUGCUCCCCAUCUGUAAGGAUAGUGAUAGCACAACCUCGCCCUCUGUCCCAGCCCUGUCCCUGCGUCCCUGCUGGCCCCUCUCCCGCUGCCCAGUCUCAGGCUCUCCUCUGAAGCCCCAUGGGGGAGGGGAAGGAGCCGGCGGAGGGCUCCCGAGUGAGCACCGAGGAGACGUGACUGCCCUUGCCGCUCCAGGCGCCUGUGCCGCCUCUGCUCUGACCCGGACCGGCUAGGAGAGCACCAGGGCCUGUGGGGUGGCGGCGUCUGUCCGUCGUUCCAAUCUGCUGGUUCUCUGGGCCGCACGUUAAAAGCAGCAGUCUGCUCCCCGACCCCCACCCGCCCCACUGGGCUCCAGGCCCCAGCGACCUGGACCACACUUUGAGGAAACGCCAGUGACUUAUUCAAGAGUGCCUCAGCUAGGGGACUUCCGUCAGAACCCUGGGUAGUGAGCAAAACCUUAUUAAUAUUAUUGUUAAUGAUCUAUGAUUGGAAGCUUCCUGCCUUUUCUUGGUUGCUCCUGUGGAAAAAUACUGAAGAUUGUUUUUGUUAUGUUGUGUUUUUAUAAAAGGGGAGGUGGAGAGACCCCUUCAGAGCAGGGAUCGUGCCGGGAGGUGCCUCUGACUUCGGGACAUUUCACCCACAGGAUUUUCCAAGCUGGUGGCUUGUGUUGGGUUUUAGUUUUGUUAGGGUUUGGAAAAAAAAAAAAAAGCAUUUUCACCACACACGUCCAUCCGCCAGCAGGAAAGGCGCCCUGGAGCGGCGGCAGAGGACCGCGGCCAUCGCUGGGCUUCCUUUUCUCUGGACUGUGAAGGGGACCGGCUUUAGGGUGAGGGUUGGGCUGUGUGGAGGAAAGAAACGUCUCUGGGGACAGGGACCCGCAGCCGCGCCUCCGCCGGCCUCCGCAGCCCGCAGGACCUGACACCUGCCUCCAUCUUUCCAAGCACCGGGGCGCAAAACCGCAAAGGAAAGGAAGAAAAUUUAUAUAUAUAUAAUAUAAAAUCACUUGGUGAUUAAAAAAAAUAACUGCUCCAUAAAUAAAACUCCUAAAGUCACUAUGUUUAAAGGGUUUGGUUGUGUUCUUUGUUUUUUCGGAGAAAUAUUGUAAAUAUAUAUUUUUUGUUGCUGAUUUAGAGUCAAUCUCCAAUGCUGUGCUAAAAAUUUUAAAUUAAAUGUAAGCAUUAAGGGGACAAGUCAUGCUGUCUCAGUUGACACGUUGGGGGUUACUGUGGGCCAGGGAAGGAGGGAGCUAGUUGGACUCUGAUUUCUAAACAUUCUCCACUAUUGGUUUUAGAAGAGCAAGGACAUCUUUCCUCUGACACGUGGGAAUGGAGAUAUUUGUGUAAUAAAAUUUUAAAAAGACAAAAAAAGAAAUAGCCUCCACUGGGAAAUAUUUUGA